UGAAACUCCACCGGGUCUUCUGUGCGCUGCGUUCUUGCAGCUCUUCUUCCGGUUUCCGCUCACAUCAUCACUUCCGCCUCGCUGGUCAGAGGUGUGUCCUGUUGCCAUGGACACGCGUCACCGGUGAAGCGUGGUCGUUGAGAAGCUUCUGCUUCCGGAACUAAAAACAAACCGAACAGUGUAGCUUCCGGUGUGUUCUCACGUCUUCUUGUUGUUAACUACACGAACGUAUUUUAAAAUCAUUAUGUCAGUUGACUAGUUAGUUUACGGACCGGAGCUGGUCCGGUUCGGUUCCGCCUCCUGUCAGUUGACCUGUUCGUCUCUGCGGGGACAUAAUGCCGGAACAACAGGAGGACAGUGACGUGCUCCAGGCAAACAGUCAGUGUGACGGCAAGAAGAAGAAGAAGAAGAAGAGGAGUAGGAAGAGAAACACUGCCUCCAUCAGUCCUCCGGAAAACACACGUGAAGAGAAACCUCACACUGUGCAUCCUGAGAACCUGCCAGUGUCUGUGCUGAGCCCUCAGAGUGCCGCUCAGCCCCGAGCCCCGCUGCCCAAGAUCACCGCUGCAGGUAAGAAGGGUGGAGAGCAGUCCGCUGGCGGUGGCACCAGGAGCAAGAAACACCCCAAGAACUCCCCAGCCCCCCCAACGGCAGCAAACAAAACCAGCAGCAGUGAGGCUCAAGCAGGGCCAGAGCUCAGCAGCCAGGCCAGGGAGAGCCUGCGGUGGGAGGGAGCUCUGGAGGACCCCCAGGCUGAGGAGAAGAGGCUGGAGCUGUACAGGGCCAACCGGCGGCAGCGUUACAUCACACACAGAGACACAGUGUUGAAAGAGAGCCAGGAUGCUCUGACAUGGACUUUUCCUAAAGAGCGGGGGAGAAAAAGGCUUUGACUAAAUCUGUCCAGCAGGGGACGUCCUCCUUACAGGGACUGAGCAGACCCUUAAUUAGAGAGGCAGACAAGAGUUAAUCAUAUCAGGCUUUAUUUGUGAACAGUGUAGAACAGAUUGAGGCACAGAGUGAGGAUCGUUGGACCGAAGACGAACUGAGCAUGAUUUGCCAAUUCUGUACUUUUUAAAAACAUCCGUAAGAGACGUUUCUCUGGCAGCUACAGACCAACACAUCCACAGUGGACCCGAAUAGGCCUUUUCAAAGCGUAAUAGAGGAUAUGCAGAGUUUAUCUUGUGCUUGUAAAUUAUGCAACACUUGCAGAAAAGACCCUAAUGGGUUGUUUCAGGACUGAAACCCUAUCAUGAUAAUGUCCCAAUGUUUUAUAUUGGUUUUAUUUGCUGUAACAAUAUGCAGGGAUAUGCUUUCUUCUCAUUUCUGGCUGCUUGGUAUUUUUAACCCUAUGAGACAAACAGAAAGGCAGUUUAAAACCUACAUAUUUGGGCCAGUAUGCAGUUGAAUUUUCUGAUUCAGUGAAGUGUUAAUAAUAAUAUUGUCAGUGUCAGCGAUGAACAUAGGAAGUAACAGAGAGACAGUUUAUUUCUGGUUAGUUGUUCCUGCUUGUGCUGAAUCGUUGCUGGACGACCGGUGGCAGAGAAGUCACAAGUUUCCUGAGGGAAUGAAAAGCUCCAACACUGAUGAGUCGAUGGAUAGAGAAAGGAGACAGAGCUGUGGUGACUGCGAUGUUUUGUCAUUCGUGAACAAAGUGAAACGCAGGACAAAAUAAUUUAAAAGAUAAAUAUCAUCCUUGUUAUUUUCGAUCGGGGAAUCAGCUUCAACAAAGGUGUUGAAAGAAGGACUAAUCUUCAGGAUUGUUCUUAGUCAUACAAGAGCUAAAGUGCAUCUUUCACUAAAACAUCCUCAGGAGAACAUACUUGAACACUUGUGCUCAAUUACUCUCUGUAAUAAUUAAUAGUUUGGUUGAAGCUGCUGAGCUGUUGCUCUGAUGCCUUCUCAGAAAAAAGUGAGAUUACAGGAUUAUCCUGUGCUGUUGUCUUCUGCCAGUAAAAUGAACAAAAGAAUGAAGAUUAUCCUUCAUUAAGCUUCAACAAGCAGUGCAAUGUAACCUCAUCUAUCAUUAAUUAUCUGUUACUUUAUCAUUGAAUAAUUCCUGCAUCACUGUGUUGAAAAACCUUGAUUCCAGGUAUUUAAUGUGCUCUUUU